GUGUCGUAUGCUCAUGUAUGAGGGCGACUCAUCUUCAUCUUGUUAUUGUCGUGCAGCUCGCCAGGCCUUAUUGGUCCGCAACACUGACACUCGCCCUCUCCUCCCCUCCAUACCAUCAUCAAUUUCCAUCCUAGUCACCCACGGCACGAAAGAUCGUAUCAUUCACUACGCAGAAUCUAACUAUCUCACCAGACAUAUCAAACAUGCACAACGCAUCGCAAUCGAUCCAAGUGGCAAGGUGCCAGGGAGUGUGCCCUCGGUGGCGUAUGGACAUUCAUGGUAUGAGUAUUUUGAGCCCCGGGUCUGGGUUAAUGUUGGGGGUGUAGAGGAAGAGAGGAUCAAACUGUAAUGUGUGUGGCAUGUCGUGAGGAAUCGCUUGAUUGUACAUGGACGCGACAUAGACUGGAGGGAUGUCGCAGUCCAAUAGGGCAACCGUGGAGAGUGU